AGAGAGAAACUGAAGGAAAACAGCAGUUUUGCUUUGCUUUGCCUCAGCAGUGCAUGAUGGUCGUUGUACCGGUGCUAGCUUGUUCUGUACGAGUGUUUGUCAUUUUCCUCGCAGUUCCUCCUGUGUUCCUGUGAUGCUGAAGUGGACAGAUACCUGCUACUGCGCUUUACUAGACAGCCUCCUGGGAGGCGAGUCCCAAUGCCAUGGCCUCCAGUAGCAGCUCCUCCCCAGUGCCUCGCCGUGCCGGUGGGGGCCGAGACGGGGUCCACCUGAAGGAGCGCGGCCUCUCCUCGCCUCGCAGCCGGGGCGUCCGCUCCCUGCCCGACGUUUGCCCCACAGAGCCAACCGGUGAGGGGAGGGGUCUGCACAAUGGCCCAUCCGUGGUGGCGGAGCAUGACCGGUGGACGGUGUACAGUUCAAAGGUCAACCUCCCCGCCGCGCUGAACGACCCGAGGCUGGCGAAACGAGAGUCGGACUUUUUUACCAAAACAUGGGGGCUGGACUUCACAGAGAUGGAGGUGAUGCCGUCUUUCCACCUGCCCAACAUCUCCAGGGAACACUUUGGACCGUACUCGCAGGAAAUGACUCAGAGAGAACGAAUCCAUGAACGCUGCAAGACGAUCUGUCCCAAUAAAGAUGAUGUGGAUGCAGUUUCCAGUAUCACCACCAACCACGACAAAUCCAGAGCCGAGCUGGAACAGGUUCCAAAGAUUUUUUUGAGGCCAGAUUUUGCUUUGGAGGAUCCAGCUACCUUCAACAUGGUCCUGCCUUGGUCACACUUCCACAGCGCGGGAGGGAAAAGCAGAGACGUCGCUUCCUCCAAGCUGCUGCAGGAAAAGCUGAGCCACUACCUGGACGUAGUGGAGGUCAGCAUCGCUCGGCAGAUCUCUCUGCGCUCCGAGGCGUUUUUCCACGCCAUGUCCUCUCAGCACGAGCUGCAGGACCAGCUGCAGGAGACGCAGCAGGCGGUGGCCGUCCUGCGGGGCCGCACCGACGCCAUGGACCGCGUCAUGUGCCAGGGGCCGCUCCGGGCCCUCCGCAUCGCGCUGACUCGCAACAACUGCGUGAAGCUGCACAACAAGCUGAAGCUGAUGGCGGCAGUGCAUCAGACGCAGCCCACCGUGCAGCUGCUGCUCUCUACCUCAGAGUUUGUUGGAGCCCUGGAGCUGAUCGCCACCACCAAGGAGGUGCUGCAGCAGGAGCUGCAGGGAAUCCACAGCUUCAGACAUCUGGGCUCCCAGCUGUGUGAGCUGGAGAAGCUGAUCGAUAAGAUGAUGGUGGAGGAUUUUAGCAUGUACGCCCGCAGCGACCUGAACCGCAACCUAAAGGAGGAACCGCUGGUGUUGGAGAAGGUUCAUAAACCAAAUGCUGACUCUCAAAAGGAGCGUCUGGAGUCGCUGGUGUACGGUCUGCUGCGGCAGAGGAAGCUGGACUUCCUGGAUAUUUACAGCGACGAGAUGAUCACAGCUGCCAAGGCCAUCGUCUCUCAGUGUGUGGCAGAACGUGUUGUUCACAUAGAAGAAAUCGACACCGAAGUUAUCUUUAAGCUAGCUGACCAGAUGCGUCUGAUGACGUUUCCUCAGUGGUUUGAGCUUCUGGAAAACAUCUUUGAGAGUUUCCUUCUCUUCCUGCAGAGAAUCAAGGAUACCUUAAACGUGAUCAGGAAUGUAGUUCUUCAGGUUCUGUCUUCAAACCAUAAGAAUCGACUCCUGGCAGAAACCAGUUCAGCGCCGGCGGGGCAGGACGUCUCCCAGGAGCCACUGGGUCUGCAGGGGGAAGCAGAGCUGGCUUAUCUCACCCAUGAGGGUCUGUUCAUCAGUGAUGCGUUGAAUGAAGCCCAGCAGCAGCGGCAGCAGGAGUCGGGGGUAGUGGGUCAGGAUCAGCGCUCCACAGCGGGCUCAAGGUUCCAGCAGAACCGGACUGAAACUGCUGCAGAAGGCGACUCUUCCUCUGGGAUCUCUGAGAUUUCUGCAGGCAGGGAACACAGCUUCAUCUCUGGUGAGAACCCGAUGCCCACUGAAAUGGAGCUGAACCGCGUCAUCAACAACCUGCAGGAGCUGCUGUACGUAGCUUCUGACGUUAGCCACGACCGCUGCGUCAAAGUACUGACGGCCAGAGCCAAGGACGGGUCCCUGGAGCGGCUGAGCUCGGCGGAGUUCGUGUCGCUGUCUCAGGCGGUGGAGGCCUUCGUCAGGGAUACGGAGAAUUUGUGCGGCAGGCGCAGUGUCUCCCUGAGGGGGGCGCUGCAGAGCCAGGCCAACCGCUUUGUCAACCGAUUCCACGAAGAACGGAAGACAAAACUCAGCCUCCUCCUGGAUAACGAGCGCUGGAAGCAAGCAGACGUUCCAGCAGAGUUUCAGAAUCUGGUCAACUCCAUCGCUGACGGCAAAAUAUCUCUACCGGAGCGCAAAGUGUCAGGCACAGAGGACAGGAAACCUGUAGACUUUCUGCUCAUUAACGGACAGAAAUACGCCGUUGUCGGAACCGUUUUGCUGCUGAUCCGGAUCUUUCUGGAAUACUGUCAGUGUGUGAACGACAUCCCAUCCAUCACCACAGACAUGCUAACGCGCCUGUCAGACCUGCUCAAGCACUUUAACUCCCGCAGCUGCCAGCUGGUUCUAGGAGCAGGAGCUCUGCAGGUCGUCGGCCUCAAGACCAUCACUACAAAAAACCUGGCAUUAGCAUCCCGCUGCCUGCAGCUGGUGGUUCACUACAUUCCCAUCAUCAGAGCACAUUUUGAGACCAAGCUACAGCCCAAACAGUUCAGUGUUCUCAGACACUUUGACCACAUUAUGAAGGACUACAACGAUCACAUCGCAGAAAUCUCUGCUAAGCUGGUGGCCAUCAUGGACAGUCUGUUUGAGAAGUUUUUAUCAAAGUAUGAAGUGAAAGCCCCGAUGCCGUCGGCCUGCUUCAGAAACAUCUGUAAACAGAUGGCCAAGAUGCAUGAAGCCAUCUUUGAUCUGCUGCCUGAAGAACAGACUCAGAUGCUGUUUCUGAGGAUCAACGCUUGUUUUAAAAUGCACCUUAAGAGGCAGUUGGCUCGACUCGGGGUCAGUAAUGAUGGAGGACCGCAGCAUGGGCUGGUGGUGGUGGAUGUGGCCUUCUACACGGAGAACAUCCUGGCUCUGAAGAGCCUGGAGCGACUCGACCUGAACAUGGCCGAGAUCUGGGAGCAGAAGAGGUGAUGGAGUCUGGACGUCCAGAUCAGACGAUGCCCUAACGCCCAGAAACGACGGGCGAUCCUGUGAGCCAUGUGAGCCGAGGGGUGGAGGAGGCCCUGCAGGGACCAAAAAACACUAAUCUAGGAGAAGAGGAGCAGCGACGGCGAGCUGGAACGUUGACAGCUGCAGAGACUAAAAAAACCACACGGUCUCCUUUAAGCUAUGGCCACCUAAUCCCACUGUGUGCAAUUCAACACAAACGCUAGUAAAUUAUUGGAGUUGCUUAGUGGGAUGAAGGAAAACAAAUGGUGGGGUAAUUUAUUUUUCUGACUUCUUGCAAACAUUCGUAAUUAGGACGAACUUUUUUCCUUCAGCUGGCUGCAAUGUUUAAAGGGUUUUUCUUACUUUUAUACUAUUAACAAAACAGCUUUUUGGGACUUGCUGUGGGGAAAUCGUGAUCCUGAAGAAUCUAAAGCAUCCACGACUGUGAAAGCAUCUCAAACCUCAGCUUCAUCCUGUUGUUACCAAAGUCAAAUUGUUACUAACGUGGGGAUUCUGCCGUUUAACCAAUCAUGCAUCACAUCUUCUUUAGCUGGUUGCUACUCAGGCUUUUCUGUUUUCUUUUUUACCCACCGUCGAUCAUCAGAGAAUCCCAUACACACUGGCUGUUUUGUAAUUAUCAGAGCAUGAUGAUGAUGAUGAAGAGGAGAGCGGAGACCAGCUUGUAGCUUUUCACUGGCAGAUUAUGAAACGGUUGGAUUGAGUUCAAAUCCCUACAGGUUACGGUUCGGUGCGUUUCGUUCUGUUCAGCUGCCUCUGUUCAAUCAUAAUUUAGGGGGAAUCGGGGUGCUACGUUCUCCUACGAAGGAAAACCGAUAAAAUCCUAAUUAACAUCGGAUGUGAAUCAGUUUUAGUUUGAAGUCGGUGAAGUGAACGCUCAUCACUGUUUGCAUCAGAAGUGCCUCCUUUUGAUCUGCUGUUAGACGACACAUCUGAGCUCUUCGAUACGGUGUGCCUACCAUACCACUGUGUCUGUGCAAAGGAGAGAGAGAGAGAGUCUGGAAGCAUGUAUGAGUCCAAAAGAUGUUGAUUUCUUCAAUCCUGCUGUGAAUAAAAUGGGAUGAUGGACUGCA